AUGACCACAACUACCACCACCAUCACGCCCGGCCGAAUCCUCCUCGCUCUCGUCGCCAUCCUCACCGCCGCGGGCGGCUUCUUGGCCGACAUGAACGAGACACACAUCUACAACCCGCGCUGGCCGCCACACGCAAAAUUCCACAAUGGACAGACCAUGUCGAUGGGUCUGUUGCUGGGGCUUAGCAGUCUUUACUACCUGUUUGGUCGAUCAUCAUCAUCACGAGAACCGCGGGCACUGGCGCAAGCGCUGGCGCAAGAAUUGUCCUCGUUGUGGACUGCCGCCUGGCUGGGUAGCUUGUACUGGGUGACGCAGCUGAGUGCGGCGCUGUAUCCCGGGUCCUUGCCUGUUGAUCCAGAGUUCGGACAGGGCUUUCCGCAGGCGUAUAUCUGUGUGGUGCUGUUGAGUAUGGUGGUUGUUGGCACGGGGUGGGAUGCGAAGAAGGCUGUAGAUAGCAGGAUGACAAAGAAUUGCUCUAGCGAAAGCACAGACAGACAGAGAUUAUGCAUUAACUAUGAAUGA